CGGGGCGCCCGGCAGACCAGGGACGGCGCGGAGUCGGGUCCGCCCGCCAGCGCGGCCGGGAGCACCCGGGUGGUCUGCGCGGCACCAACGGGAGCUGCGGGGAGCCGGCGCGGAUCCAGACAGCUGUCUUGAGUUCAAACAUGGCUAUGAGGGUAGAUGGUCAGUCCUGAAGACCUAGCCUGGCUCCAGCUGCUUCAGGAGAUCUCCAGCACCCUCAAGACUCCUCUGCUCCCCACAGGAUGGGAGCCCGGGCACUGGGGACCUGGUCAUGAGGGACUGCUGCUCCUCCCCAAAGGCCAACCCUGCACCCCCAAGGCAUACUCUUGACCAAAGCCUAGACAUGGACUCCAGACACAGCAGUCCCAGUGGGGCUGGGGCUGGGGCCUCCUGCUCUGAAAGCCCUGCCUCAAGUUUGGCCUACCCCUCUGCUACCUGCAGCCCACUCCCAGAGACAGUGAAGGCACAUGGAGCCUUGACCUCGGAGGCCUCUGAAAUGACAUUGGUUGGGAAGUCGGAGCCUAUGUCCUCAGCAGAAGCUGCCCUCACAACCUCAGAGGACAGAAACCCCGUGUUCUUAGAGAAGAUGGAUUCCAACUCCUUGAAGCAGACAGAUUCUACUUCUGUGGGAAAGGAAGAGGCUGGGUCCUCGAGGAAGGAAGGGUCUGUGUUGAUGGGAGAGGCAGACCCUGUGACCUGUGGAAAGAGGGAGCCUGGGACUAUGGGAAGAAUGGAUUGCAUAGCUCCAAAGAAGGAAGACACUGGGUCCUUGGGAAGAGAAGAUGCAGUGUGCUCUGGCAAAGUGGAUACAGUGUCCCCAGGAGUGGAAGGUCCUGGGUCUUUAAGAAAUGUAGAGCCUAUAUCCUCAGGCAAAGUGGACCCAAGAAAGGAGGACCCCAUGUAUUCCAGAAGAGAGCAACCUGGAUCGACAGGUGAAAGAGAUCAUGUGCCUUUGGGGAAAAAAGAUAAGGAACCCCCAGAAAAGGCAGAUCCUAUAUCCACAAAAAAGGCAGAUCCUGGGGCCUCGGGAAAGCUAAGUCCAGGAUCACUAAGCAAGACAGAGCUUCUAUCCUCAGGAACAGUGGCUCCCGGGACCUCCAAAAAGGUGAAUCCUGUGUACUCUGGGAGGGCAGAUCCUGUAGCUGUGGGGGAAACAGAGGCUUUGUCCUCAGCAAAAGAGGGCCCUCGGUUCCCUGGAAAGAUAGACCCUGCCUCCUCAGGAGAGGGUGGUUCUGUGUCUGUGAAAAAGACGGAAACAGUAUCUUCUGAGCAGCAUGAAGGUGUGUUUCCAGAAAAGAUGAAUCCCACAUCUGUGAAUAGUACAGAGCCUUCAGGCAAUGUGGACCCAGCUUCCUUAAAAAAUGUAGAACUUGUAUCCCCAGUGAAACCAGAACACUUGUCUUCUGGGCAGGCAGAACGUGUGUCCUUGGUAAAAACAGAAACCCUAUCCUCAGGAAAAGAGGACCCAAGGUCCUCUAAAAGGGCGGAUCACACUACUGUCACAGGAAACAUAAAAACAUCCCCAAAAGGGAAUCCCGAGUCUUCAGGAAAGACAGACCCCGUGUCUUCAAGUUCAGGAGAUGCCAGGCCUCUAGGGACUUGGGGGUCCCUGUCUGCGGCAAAAGCUGAGGCAGUGACCGAAGGGAAAGGAGACCCACAGUCCUUGGAGAAGAGUCCUACAUCCCCUUCAGAGAAAGCUGAUCCUCUCACUGUCAGCCAGGCGGUCUGUGCAAGCCAGGGAAAGGCAGAAACUGGAAAAGUGGUCCCAAUAAGUUCAGGAAAAACAGCUUUGGUGUGCCCGGGGAAGGUGGAUUUCAUGGCCUUGGAAAGAGCAGAAGGCAUUCCAGAGCCGAAGGCUCCAGAGAAAAGGAAUCCUGGGAACUCAACAAGAGUGGACACCAGAGCCUCAGGCAGUGCUGAGCCCACAUCUGAGGUCAAGGUGCCACAGCUUCCCAGUGCCACAUCCCCGGGAAAGGUGGAGGCUCCGUCUUUGCAAAAAGAGCAGCCACAGUUGUCUGGGAAGAUGGAUCCCUCAGGAAAAGCCGACCCCACCGCGGCUGUGGAGCCAGUGUCCCUGGGGAAGGCAGACUCUGCAUCUCCAUCUUCUAGAAAAGCAGAGCCUCAGACCUCAGUAAAGACUGCCCCUCUGGCUCCGGAGAAGGUCGUGUCCUCUUUCAGGCAACCAGAUGGUACACCCUGCAGCUCAGCCCAGCUUCGGGGAGAUGGCAGGAGCGUAGGAGCCCUGCCAGAGCCAGAGCCCUCUGCCAGCACCAGCCAGAAAGACCUAGCGGCAGCGGCGGCUCAGAAGAGCCCCCGCGCGGAGGGUACAGCACCCCCGCCAGGGCCACGGACUCGCGACAACUUCACCAAGGCGCCGUCGUGGGACGCGGGAGCGCCACCGCCGCGCGAGGACGCCGGCACGCAGGCUGGCGCCCAGGCCUGCGUCUCGGUGGCGGUGAGCCCCAUGUCUCCGCAGGACGGCGCGGGCGGCCCGGCCUUCAGCUUCCAGGCGGCGCCCCGCGCCCCCAGCCCCGCGCCCAGGCCGCCAUCGCGCCGGGACGCAGGCCUGCAGGUGUCUCUGGGUGCCGCCGAGACGCGCUCGGUGGCCACCGGACCCAUGACUCCGCAGACCGCAGCGCCGCCGGUCUUCCCCGAGGUGCGGGUGCGGCCCGGCUCGGUGUUGGCGGCUGCCAUAGCGCCCCAGGAAGCGGCCGAGCCGGUACGCGACGUGAGCUGGGACGAGAAGGGCAUGACAUGGGAAGUGUACGGCGCCUCCAUGGAAGUGGAGGUGCUGGGCAUGGCCAUCCAGAAGCAUUUGGAGCGCCAGAUAGAGGAGCACGGCCGCCAAGGGGCGCCGGCGCCGCCGCCCGCCGCCAUUCGCGCGGGCCCAGGCCGUGCAGGCUCCGUGCGCACUGCGCCUGCCGAGGGCGCCGCCAAGCGCCCGCCCGGCCUCUUCCGCGCGCUGCUUCAGAGUGUGCGCCGGCCGCGGUGCUGCUCGCGGGCUGGACCCACUGCGGAGUGAUCUAUUCCCAUUUUGUAGGCCCCGGUUUCCAACCUUCUCAGGCUCCCUACUUGAUGUCAGGCUCUUGGAAGCUACGCCCCACCCCGCCA